AUGACGAGAUUCAAAGACUUCUUCAUCCCUUGCCCCAACCUCAACCCCGACCUCGAGGCCAACCCCGACUUCGACGCCCCCCUCAGUGACGGUGGCGAAAGGGACGUUUGGUGGCCCGGCAGCCAAGAGUUGUUCGCUUGGUUGAAGCAUCCCUUCCCAGAGGGAAGAUUGGGUAAAGGCAGGCAAGUCUUUGAGGGGUUGCGGGACCUGGUGUUGCUGGUGCUUUUGGUCGGCUGGUGGGUUGGGAUGAAGGGCGACAUGAAGAGCUGGCGGCUCCUUGGCCUGUUCCUGCUGCCGUAUGUCCUCAUGCGGCGGAAGUGGUGCGCGACGCCAUAUGGUACACGGGUAUUCGGCGCUGCCCCCGCCGACACUGCCCCCGCCGACACUGCCCCCGCCGACGCUACCCCCACCCACGCUACCCCCACCCACGCUACCCCACCCACGCUGCCCCUCCUCCCACCGCCCACAGAGCACAGUCCCUCGCCCCUCCGGCCAUCGACGUCAGAAUCCCCGCCCCCGCCCCCGCCCAAGUGCCGCCUGAGGUCUAGACCCAGUUGGACAGGAUGGAAGCCCUGCUCGCUUCCCAAGCGGAGGCUUCCACUGUCCCACCCUCCUUCGCUUUCUGGUGUUGGCUUCUGUGCCAUCCGCCCUCCCACUCAGCCAGUCGCCAACCCCGCUUUUCAGCCCGUCGACUUCACCCCUCAACCCGUCGCCUACCCCGCCGGCCAGGAUCAGAGGGCAUACGACAAGUGGAUUGAGAUCGAGUACAGGGACAUCGACUCUCGCCAGUCGCCUCCUAAAGAAGACAACGAAGCGCGGGGCCUAGCCAAAGGAAAGAUCGAUGACCACCGGGAAUUUUCAGUCUGGGCCACGGCCAUCCUUCCCACAUUUGUCUUCAUCAACUCCAUUGUCGUCUGCCUUGUCGGGAGUGCCAUUGGCUUUACUCUCUUGGCAACCGUCAUCUUCUACGGAUUCAAGCCCCGCAUUUUCCAAGCUCUUGCGCCUUUCGAGGUCGUGAGAUCUUGGAAUUCCAACUUCCUCGAGGCCACCGAGAUACCCAUGGUCACCGUCGGAGGAGGCGCCGGCCAGAUGCCCGAACGAGACGAGAGGAGCCUGAGUGUCUAUGGGAUGGGGAAAUUCUGUUUCCAUUUUAUAGAAUUUUUCAGCAAGAUCCCAUACGUCCUCUUGAACCUUCAGAGAAUAGUAAGUGGAGCGGUGGUCGUGGUGAGUCUUGCAAAACAGUGUGUCGUCGUUGGCUAA